AGUUUCCUGUCCGUCUGAAACUGAAAUCAUCAGAUGGUGCGAUGUUUUUACCUAUAGCCAGAUGAUCGUUUGGUGAUCUCUUGGGAGGAUGUAAUAUAACGUUUGCAUUCAUAUCAUUAUAAAUUAAGAAUUAGGCAUGACUACAGAGUCUGACUCUCCAGAACUGUAAGUGUGAAUGGAGUGACAAGUCAUGGACAGCCAAUGCAGCAGCAGUGUGGAUUCACGGGCAGCGCUAGGAGGUGUGGUUUCCAUUAACUCCACCCCCAUUUCUGCCUAUGUCGAGUCGUAUGAAGCAGGAGAAAAGAAGUGCAUCUCUGAUGUCCGAAGAACCUUCUGCCUGUUUGUGACCUUUGACCUUUUGUUCAUCACCUUGCUGUGGAUCAUUGAGCUUAAUGUCAAUGGUGGUAUACAAGAUCAGCUGAUGAAAGAGGUGUUACAAUAUGAUUACCACAAAUCUUUUUUUGACAUAUUUCUCUUGGCAGUGUUCCGCUUUGCAGCCUUGAUUCUGGCAUAUGCAGUGUGUAAACUGCGCCAUUGGUGGGCCAUUGCGAUAACUACAGCCUUCACCACUGGUUUCUUGAUAGUAAAAGUAGUUGUAUCAAAGCUCCUGUCUCAGGGCGCUUUUGGAUACUUGUUACCCAUCAUCUCCUUCGUCCUAGCAUGGAUAGAGACAUGGCUCCUUGACUUCAAAGUCCUGCCUCAGGAGGCUGGUGAUGAAAUCAGGCAUCUAUCAGUGCAAAGUGCAAUAGAGAGAGAACCACUUUUAUACCCAGGACCAGUUUCAGAAGGCCAGUUCUACUCUCCUCCUGAGUCCAUGGCAGACUCUGAUGAAGACUUUGAUGAUAAACAUGAUCUUCAAAAGCCUAUCGUCUAGCAGGUGUUCAGGUUAAAACACUGAGUUUCGGACUCGGACUACAAAAGCCUUGUCCAGCAUUGCUCGACCUCAGGCUGUGUUAUCCGGGGUUUGUGUGUGUGUGUGUGUGUGUGUGAGUGCAGCACACAGUCACUCUGCCUUACGUCCACCAUUGCCACGAUCAGCAGUUUGUUACUCUGUCUGCCCGCACUGGCAAUGCCCUUGGUGCAAUUGUUUUUUCUUUUCUUUGUUUGCAUCUUAAUUUUUCUCAGCAGAACAAAAGCUAUUCCGUUUAUUGUGCAGUACUGAUUGAAAACGGUGAAUGAAGGAUUUUAAUGUGAACUGUACAAUGUGUAUUAUGAACUUAAUCAACAGAUGAUAUCAGAGCUGAACAUGAGAAACUUUUUUGAGACUUGACACUCCUCAACUCUGCUUUUGUUUAACAGCAUGACUGCUUUUUCCCAAGUUCAUGCUGUAAGCUCCAGAUGUCUGCAGAACUGUGUAUUAAAUGGAUAGUUCACUCAAGAAUGAAGAUUCUGUCAUCAUGUACUCGCCCUCAUGUUGUUUCAAAUCUGACUUUUAUCUGUGGAACAUAAAAGAAGAUGUUAGGCAGAAUGACAUCCUCAGUCACCAUUCACUUUCUUUAUAUGGACAAAAGAUGCAAUGAAACUGAAUGGUGGCUGAGAUUAACAUGCUGCCUAACAUCUCCUUUUGGGUUCUACAGAAGAAAGUCAUACGGGUUUGGUACAGCAUAAGUUUUUAUUUUUGGGUGAACUAUCCCUUUAAAGACUUUUUAUGCCUCUGAUUUUGGACCUAAAUGUGAAUAGCAGUAUGGUGUCAGGUCUGCAUUGCCACUCAUUUGUGUGUGAAGAUUUAAAGUUUUUCUUUGUUCAUCCUCUUUUUCUAUUUUUAAUAAGUUUGCUAUCAGUCCGUGUGAAUGAUCACAAAGGUGGUAGAGGCAUGUUUAGUUAAUCUAAAAUGAUUUGGCUCGCAAAAUAUAGGACUUGCCUAAUUUUGCAUGAAAUGUUGUUAAACUAGGAGUUAUUUGACAUGAAACGAUGCAUGGGUUUGUAAUAAGUUUUUUAUGUUUUUGGCUCCUCAUCAAUAAGCAUUCCUAAACAUGUGAAUCAUCUUAAGUAAAUUAAAUCUCCAUCCUGUUAAAGAGAUAGUUUACCCAAAAAUGAAAAUUAUGUCAUCAUUUGAUCACCCCCUUGUUGCUCCAAACCCAUUUGACGUCUUGUGGAACACAAAUGGAGAUGUAGGUAGAAUGUUAGCCUGCAUGGAAAAAGAUGGUUUACAUCAUUCAGGUUUGGAAAACAUGAGGGUUUAAAGUGGCCUUGAGCUGUGGGAAAGGCACUUGAUAAAUAAAACUUAUUAUUAUCAUUAAAUGUUUACAUACAUUUCAUUUUUGGUGAACUAUCUCUUUAAGUUUUUACUUGUGCCAUACUUACUUAAUAAGGGCUUAUGUGCCUGGUGCAGGCCUGGGACCUCCCCAUCCCCUUUUUUUUAUAAUUAGAGUUAAGAAAGGUUAUCUCCAUAUGGUAUGUACCCAUCAGAAAGCCUUGAAGUAUGCAGAAUAGUAUCAGAUUGUAUUCUUCAUUAUAUAUUAAAACAAUUACUGUUUUUAUUA